AUGAUUUCUGCGAUUUACAUUUUUACGUUGAAGGGCGAGUUGCUGCUGCAACGCACGUACGCGUCUCCGGCGCCGCCUCCGCAGCAUGUGAGGGCCUUCAGCCGAACGGUGUUGGCGGGUCGGGCCUUCUCAGAGCUCGCACCCGUCGUCUGCGUCGGUCCCCACUCGGCGCAGGCCUCGACUGCUGUCUCCUCUUUCUCCUGCUUUGUGCCGCCCUGCGUCGGCGCUGGCUCUCAGGCUCUCGCCACCUCUGCGGCGCCCCCGACCUCCGGCGUCGUCCCGACUGCGGCUGUGGUUCGCGGACGCCGAGAGGGCUGUUGGGGGACUGGGGGCUCCGACGAAGACGGAGUCGUGUACGUAGCUGCUCUUCGGCGCAACGCGAACGUCGCCUGCGUUCUGGAAGUCUUGCGGCGCCUUGCGGCUCUCGUUCAGGCCUUCUGCGCGGCCGCUCUCCAUUCCGCAGGCUCGGGACCUAUCCUGCCCGCGGACUUCCAGGCUUCGGAGACUCGCGCGCCCGGCUCCGUCAUCGCCUCGGCCGGCGCCGGCGCCGAGAAGAAGGGGAGCGCGCUGAUGGGAGCGGUCCGGCGAGGCCUUGCGGGGCCUGGCGGUGGGGGGAACGCGGUGUACGUGGAUGCCAGCUUCGUCCGGAGACACUUUGUACUGCUGUACGAGAUUCUCGACGAAGCAAUCGACGGUGGGUUCCCCCAGCUCCUCGACCUGACGACUCUGCGGAAGUUUACGUCCUUCGGCAACGGCCCAGGCUUCCACUGGCCGCCGGAACACAGCGCGCCAGUCGGCGGCUUGAGCUCCGCGGCGAGUCUCCGCCGGGCCGGCGACACGGGCGCGGGCCUCGCGCGGGCCUUCGGGCGCGGUGGAGCCCGAGCCGGAGGCGGCGAGGGCGACAUCGCCGCCUCGAAGCAGAUUACCUCCCAGGUCACGGGGGCUUGUUCGUGGCGCGCGCCGGGCAUCAGGUACCGACGCAACGAAGUUUUCAUCGACGUCAUCGAAAGCGUAGACGUUCUCCUCUCCCAGAACGGAGUGGUGCUCCGGUCAGAUGUGAAUGGCGAGGUCGUCGUCAACAGCCAACUGUCAGGAAUGCCGGAGUGCAAGUUCGGCCUCAACGACCGACUGCCGAUCGACCAGACAGAACCUCACGGCGCCGCGGGCAGACGACAAAGGGAGCUCGAGAAAAAGGACCCAGCGACGCCAGGCGUCACGCUCGACGAUUGCAGGUUCCACCAGUGCGUCCGCCUCACCAAGUUCGACGUCGAGAGAACCAUUUCCUUCAUCCCGCCCGACGGCACAUUCCGGCUAAUGACCUACCGGAUAUCCGAGGGCAUCUCACUCCCUUUCAAGAUUUUUCCUCUCCUUCAAGAGCGCUCCGACAGUCGCAUGGAGUGCCUCAUUCUCCUCAAGGCUCUGUUCGACCGAAAUGUCUCCGCCAGCAAUGUUGAGGUUGUCAUUCCAUGUCCACCGAACUUCUGCGACCUUCAACUUCUUCACGUUGGGAUCGGCAAGGCAUCCGUCGACAACGCCCAGCAGGCAGUCAUCUGGAAAAUCAAAAGAUACCCAGGGGCGAUGGAGUAUCUGCUGCGUUACGAACUGAGUCUUUCAUCUCAGCGCGCAGGUCUCCUGUCGAGGGAAGCGAUGGCGUUACGGCGCGGCUGUAGCACACCAACGGGGGGGGAAGAACUCUCUCUCUGGAAGCGUCCGCCUCUCACUCUUCGUUUUACCCUGCACAUGUUUACCGCUAGCGGGUUGUGCAUUCGGUAUCUGAAAAUCACCGAAAAAAGCAAUUAUCGAACAGUGAAGUGGAUUCGAUACCUCACCAAGGCUGGCACAUAUCAACACAGGCUUUAG